AUGCAGAGCAGCAUGAGUUUCGAUAUGGAGAGAUCCUACGAUAAUUCCAAGUUUGAUGAUGAUGGUCGUGCUAAAAGAACUGGUACUCUGACGACGGCGACGGCGCAUAUCAUAACCGCCGUGAUUGGUUCCGGUGUGCUGUCGUUGGCGUGGGCGACCGCUCAAUUGGGAUGGAUUGCCGGACCGGUUGCCCUUCUGGCUUUUUCCGUCAUCACUUGGUUCACUUCCAUCCUUCUUGCCGAUUGUUACCGCUCUCCUGACUCUGUUACUGGCCGCCGUAACUACACUUACAUGGAGGUCGUCAGAGCUAAUCUCGGAGGACGAAAAUUCCAGCUUUGUGGUUUAGCCCAAUACGGGAAUCUGGUGGGCAUUACCAUUGGUUACACAAUCACUUCAUCUAUUAGCAUGGUGGCGGUAAAAAGAUCAAACUGCUUUCAUAAUCAUCACAUUCGCGAUGGGUGUCACACCAGCAAUAACCCCUUCAUUAUCGUCUUCGGAGUGGUUCAAAUAUUACUCAGCCAAAUCCCCAACUUUCACGAGCUUUCCAUCCUUUCCAUCAUCGCCGCAGUCAUGUCUUUUGCUUACUCUUUCAUAGGCCUCGGUCUCUCCAUUGUCCAAAUUGCAGGAGCUCAUCCUGAAACAAGCUUAACCGGAAUACCCGUCGGAAAGGAGGUGACAGGUUUGGACAAAAUGUGGCGCACAUUCUCAGCCCUUGGAAAUAUUGCCUUUGCUUAUGCUUUUUCGACCGUUCUAGUUGAAAUUCAGGAUACACUAAAACCCAACCCACCUGAGAAAACAGUCAUGAAGAAAGCCUCAAGCAUUGCCAUUGCAAUUACAACAAUUUUUUACACACUAUGUGGAAUGCUGGGAUAUGCUGCAUUCGGAAAUAACGCCCCCGGAAACCUCUUAACUGGAUUUGGUUUUUACGAGCCAUUUUGGCUCGUUGAUCUCGCUAAUGUCGCCAUUGUUGUACAUCUUGUUGGCGCUUACCAGGUGUUUGCACAGCCCUUAUUUGGAUUUGUGGAAGAACAGAUCAAGAACAAAUGGCCGGAAUCGAAAUUCAUCAACAAAGAAUUGUUCAUUAACCUGCCUAGUGGCGGGAUUGUGACAGUGAGUUUCUUCAGGCUGAUUUGGAGAACAGCAUACGUGGUGUUCACAACAGUGAUAGCCAUGAUCUUCCCUAACUUCAACGACGUGGUUGGUUUGCUCGGCGCCGCAUCAUUCUUUCCUUUGACUGUGUUUUUCCCAAUCGAGAUGUACAUAGCACAGACAAAGAUGCGCAAGUUUUCAUUCACGUGGACUUGGUUGCAAAUCCUGAGCUUUGCCUGCUUAAUCAUCACUCUUCUCGCCGCUGCUGGAUCCAUUCAGGGACUCAUUAAGAAUCUCGACACCUUCAAGCCGUUCAAGUCCGAGUCUUGA